AUGGUGCAAUCAGGAAGACUAAUCCCAAUGGUAAACAGAAAUGGUAUAGCCCCUUCACGUAUCUUUUUUGCUGAUGACAUAUUCUUAUUUUGUAAUGGUGAUAAGAGGAAUACAGAUAAACUUUUGAAAUUACUGAAGGAAUACCAACAAUCAUCUGGUCAAAAUGUGAGUAUGGAGAAAAGCAAAUUCUUGGUGGGAGGCACUACAGAUAGCAGAAAACUCCAAAUUGCAAAUAAUUGUGGAAUGUCUCUUUCAAAAUUCCCAGAUAAAUAUUUAGGGGUUAAUCUGAUACCUGGAAACAUUAAAUCAUCACAUGUAUGGGGGUCUGUGGAUUUGAUACAAAGCGAGAUGCCUGGUUGGAUGGCAUUCCCGUUUACAGUAUGUCAGUAUACAAAUGGCCUAGGAAAGUUAUUGGAAUGUGAUAGAAUUAUCAGGAAUUUUCUUUGGUCAGAGGAUCCAGCAAAAAAGAAAUUAUUGACUGUGAAAUGGGAAGAGGUGAAUUCUCCACUGGCAGAAGGAAGUCUGGGAUUGAGAAGUUUGGAAGACAUAAAAAAAUCUAUGCUUAUGAAACUGACAUGGAAGAUGCAGAAUGAUAAGGAUGAAUGGGCUUUCAAGCUAAAUUUCAAGAUAAAAAUGGUAGUUGGAGUAAGUCAUAUAAGAAAUCUUCAAUAUGGAUUGGUAUCAAAUGGGUACUGGAUGAAGUAUUUAACAACUCAAGGUGGAUUGUGGGUGAUGGGAAAAGCAUCUCAGUAUGGAAUGAUAUAUGGAUUACAAGCAUGCCCCUAA